AUGCAUAUUUCGGGUAGGUUAGUCGUGGUUGCCGUCGGUCUCGGCAUAUACUCUCAAACGGUACCUGCGACGAGAAUCCCAGACACCGCGGCUAGCAGCAUCAUCGAAAAGGACGUGGUCAUCGUUGGUGGUGGCGCAUCAGGCGCACACGCAGCUGUCAGGCUCCGAGAGGAUUACGGGAAGAGCAUUGUGAUCAUCGAAAAGCAAGACAACCUUGGCGGUCAUGUCGAAACUUAUAUCGACCCGGUCUCUGGCAAACCAUACGAUUAUGGUGUCAACUCUUACACCGAAUAUGGCGCAGCCGAAGAGUUCUUCAGUCGUUUCAAUAUAUCCCUCCAGACACCGACCAGGCUCACCUUGACGACAACGUACGCGGAUUUCAAUACCGGCAAAGUCCUGGACGGCUAUGUGGCACCUCUCAAUGCCAACGUGACUGCAGGCCUCCAGAAGUAUCUUGAGAUUUGUGAACAAUACGAAGAUUUGAUUAUUCCUUCAUACGCCAACUUCCCCACCGAGGAUAUACCUGAAGAUUUGCUGCUCAAAUUCGGCGACUUCGUGACGAAAUAUGGCCUUGAAGCCAUAGUCCCACGAGUUUUCCAAGUUACCGGUCUAGGAUUAGGCAAUGUCGUGGACGAGCUCACUCUGUACGUGAUGCAAGCAUUCGGUGCACCGAUUGUACGAACUUUCUUGGGUCUUGCAAACUCGUGGGUCCCUACGACGAAGAGGAACCAAGAUUUGUACGACAAUAUUGCUACUCUCUUGGGUGAAGACGUACUGUAUUCCACGACUGUUAUCCGGUCACACAGGUCUUCCAAUGGCACACAACUGCUCGUUCAAGACAGUAACGGCAAGAAGACGUUGCUAAAGGCGAAGCGGCUGCUCGUGUCGCUCUCGCCGACAGCUGCAAACACGAGAACCUUGGACCUUGACCAGACUGAGCAGAGCAUUUUCGCAGAAUGGGGCAUCGAUGCAGUCUUUGCGGGUAUUGCCAACCACCCUUCCCUGCCAGUCAAUUACUCGAUAGUAAAUUACCCUGCUUCGGUCAUCCCGAGUAACUGGCUCGAACUCCCCGAAACCCCUUUCGUCGGACGUUUCGAAUAUCUUGGUGACUCGAACUUCCGAGUGUUGGCUACUGGCACAGAAGACUACGACAUCGCAAAAGCCCAGGCUCUAGCUCAGGACGCAUUUGACAAGCUUGUCGCCUCCGGGACGAUCGCUAAUGCGACUCAAGGGCAGCCACUGAGCUUCCCAGCGUUCGCAGCCCACAUUGGCAUCCACCCUCACGUUUCAGUGGAUGAGUUGCAGUCCGGCUUCUACCAGAGACUGUAUGCUCUCCAAGGGCGACGAUCGACAUUCUUUACGGGCGGCGCUUGGGCAGCCGAUUUCACCACGAUCUUGUGGGAGUACAACAACCAGUAUCUGCUCCCGAAGUUGUUGGGAAGCUUGUGA